AUGACCGCCACAGCCACCACAUUCACGCUACGAAACCCACCAUAUGCAUAUCUCCAUCUCUCGCUCAGAGCGCUAUCUCCUCAAGACACGGCGCAGAACCUAGACCUGGACGAGAUCACGACCCGCUCAUACCUGACCGCUGCGUUGCAACAGUAUCUCGGGUUGACAGGCACAGCCAUCCCCAUUGACAUUUUGAAGGUUGAAGGUCCCAACGCCUGGAUCCGGGUGCCCAAAGAUGACGAGUCCGGUGUCGCUGGUGCGUUGGCUCAGUGGUCGUCAGCAUCCAGGGGGGUGAAUCUGCGCAUCGAGGGUAGAGGAAGUUGGCUAGGCGGUGUCGUUGGGAGAAGAAAGGAUGUCAAACUGUGGAGUCUCGAGCGAUGA